AUGGCUAUUCCUAAGACGAUCCUCAUCUGCGGUGCAACUGGCACACAAGGCAGCUCAACUGUCAAAGCACUCCUCGCCUCUCCCAGACUCCCAUCCGACGCCAAGAUCCUCGCCCUCACUCGCAGCCCCUCAUCCCCCAAAGCUCAAGCCCUUGCAGCUCUCGACCCACGAGUCCAACUCCUUGCUGGCGAGCCAACAGUACCAGAAGCAAUCUUCGCUGCGGCACCUGCACACAUCGAUGCCGUCUACAACGUCACCGUCCAUGGUCCGCCAGGAUACGAGGAAUCACAAACUCAACCACUCUUCGAUGCCUGCGUAGCCCACAACGUCUCACACUUCGUCUUCGCAUCUGCCGAUCGAGGUGGAGAGGUCCUUUCCGAGACGAAUCCGAGUCCAGCUCCUCAUAUCGCAGCCAAGUUCCGAAUCGAAAAGUACAUCAAGGCGAACGCGCAGGGCACAAACACAGCAUGGACAUUCUUGCGUCCCGUUACCUUCUUCGAGAAUAUGUCGAAUGACUUCAACGGCAAAUCCUUCGCUGCUAUGUGGCAUAAUGUUGGGAAGAAGCCUGUGCAGAUGGUCGCUACUUCAGACAUUGGGUUCUUUGUCGCGACCGUUAUCCUGGCUCCGGAUGAAUGGGCUGGCAAGGCACUCGGUAUUGCCGGCGAUGAGUUGAAUUACGAUCAAGGCCGCAAGAUCUUCAAGGAGACGAUGGGAUUCGAGAUGCCGCACGCUUUGAACAUCAUGGGAACGUUGGCCAAGAAGUUCAUGGGCGAUAUCGGUGCCAUGUUCCAGUGGUUCGAGAAGGAGGGCUUCAACGUUGAUAUCGAGAAGGCCAGGCGGAUCAACCCGAAUCUGCAGACUUUUGCGCAGUGGUUGGUGAACGAUAGUCAGUUCGAGAAGGUCGAAAAGGUGGAGAAGCUGGAGAAGACGAAUAGUGCCACCAAGCAGUGUACUUGCGGUCACAGCUGGUGCAGUAAGUGUAAGCAUCAGGCUGAGGCAGUUGGGGCAUGA